GCCAGGGUUCUUGUAGUCGGUAACAGCGGCACAGAAAAACGCGACAUCCUGGCACAGUGACGUCUUUUACGUAAUCGCAAUUCUGGAACAGGCUGCUGCGAGAAACUUGACUGGCAAACAUCGCUAUUCCGAAUCAAUCGAGGCAACCGUGGUGAAUUGAUAACAAACUUUAGAGUAUUAAAACAAAAACAAAAAAUGAGGAUCGGAGAACUUGAUAGAUCUGCUAUUGGCGUGAGGCGGGCAAUCUUGAUAAUUUAUUUUGGAAGAGAGAAGGCGAUGAGAAACGGUGCCUAAUAAUAGAUUUGAUUGGUCCGUACAACUGGAGUGAAUUUUGGGAUGUAGCUGGAGAUUGUUGAAUAUUAUGAGUGAGCUGCAGUCAACCAUAGAGUUUUCUGUUGAGCUGUACAAAUUCUAUAAUGUCGACCUUUUUCAAAGAGGAAUAUAUCAAAUUCGCUGUUCUUUGCGAGUCUCAGCUAAAUUGGGUGCAGAAGUUGAAGUGGCCACACCGGAAGUUACAACUGGUUUAGGAUCUGCAGUUGUUCUCGGGAAUUAUGGAGCAUGCAAACCUUUCCGAAUACUAUACAGAAACGAGGAAAUCUCUUUAAAGGAUGUUGUGCUAUUCAGGUGUCAUUUGUUGGUUGACGCUCACAAUCUUAGAGAAUCUCUGGAUAGAGCAGAUUUUUCUUUAGUUUUGGACCUCUGGUUCAGCGAUACUUCUUUGAAUGCUAUGUCGCUGGUGUCGUCGCGAACAUUGCAGCUGAAUUUUUCGCCAGUUGAAGGACUCCAUUACCAUCUGCCUGUGGUUUUCGAUUACUUCCAUUUAUCAGCUGUAUCCAUCACUAUCCAUGCUGCACUUACUGCCUUAGUUCAGCCUUCCAUGAAGAGAGGAAUUUUACGUUAUAUGCAAAGCUGCGCUCCAAAGACAUCAAAAUCCUGGAGAAAAAUCCGCACAACACACUGUUCUACGUUAACUGAUCCCGUCCCACAAGUGAGCAGUCAAAAAUUUAAUAAUAGGAUUAACGAAUCUUCCCAAGUACACUUAGAAGCCUACAACGUUCUGCUAGACUCAAGCAAUAAUCUGAAAACUACCAUUAAAGAGUACAAGUUACUUUUGAUGCAACGAGAGGAAAUUGUUUCUGAUAAUUAUGACACUCUUAUUGUUAAGUAUAACGACUAUGAUAGCACGAAGCUUUUAAGAAAAAAUCCCUGUAAGCCCAAGUCGAAUUUAGAAGAAUUAUGUGGCGGGAACAUAAAGCUGUGGAACUACUUCCUACUGACUUUCAGUUGCAAAAUUGCUAUACAGCAAUUUUUAAGCAAAAAACAUCACUAUCUAAGAGUUCGUAGGUUUGCAGAGUUGUUUUUCCUCAUCCACAAUCCAAGGAAAUCAGCUUUAAGUUGCUAUGAGGAAAAGUGUCAGAAAUAUUUGCUUAUAUCAGAACUGACGAAAAGGUCAAAAUAUAUGCAACUUUUACCGCCAUUACCAGUCCAUUGUAGUUUCUUAGAUGGGGAUACUGCCACAAUGCCUAUUAUUUUUGAGGACGAAUAUCAAGAUGAGUUUGCUUAUGAAAAAAGGAAUUGUGAGGAAUAUCAAGCGAGAAAAGUGAAAGACCAGGGUAACUUUAAACGAUCAAAAACGACCGACAACGCUCAAUGCUCCUGCGGUUUUGAUGUUUGGGAACCACAAAAACUAUUCCAAAGAACUUCCGACUUGAAUAAACGAGAAGACAGUUUAAGUAGCACGUUACCCACAAGACAUACCAAAUCCUUGGACCAUUUGCAAGCUGCUUCUUCUAAUACUUUCCAUACUUCCAUGAUAAAUAUUUUGAGCAAAAACACGUUUUCUGUACCAGUUGCAACCCGAAAUCCUUCAAGAUUCUAUAAGAUUGAAACCUUGAAAAACGUUGCUAGCGAAUAUAAUUUUAGGCAGAAUGGGAAUUUUUUUAUGCAGGAAAAUCCAGAAACGAAUAAUUUUCGCGUCGAAUUAACACCUGGUGAUUUUGAGACUGAGAAAGGCGAAAAACGAAAAAAAUACAAAAAGAAUAUUAGGAAUAGCAAAUGUAACAGCAGGACUGAGGGCCAUAUAGUAAAGUCUGCUAGCCAUACAUUAACCAAUGAAAAAUAUUAUAUUCCUCGAUCGACUUCCAUGCAGACAUUCUCGCCCAAGAAAAAAGACACUUGCGACGAAAAAAAAUUCAACUCGCUAAUCAAUCAAAAAACACGAAAUCAAAUGAAGAAAACCGAAAACUUGGCCGGAAUCGUCAAUGCAAACGGUUUGCUAAAUACCAGAUCAAAAAAGUACAGUUUCGAUCCAAAGUUGAAAAUUUUCGAAAUCGGAUCGACCAGUAGUUCCACAGAGAGUAUCUCACAAAACUAUUUUAAUAAAACAGGGUCUUCAAGUAAUAAUAAAGAGUUGAGCGAUAGUUUAAGAAAGGUGCGAAGCACCUCUUGCAUAUCCGAAAAGCUGUUUCCUUUGGUUGCUUCAUCUGCAGCUGAAUCACUGCCAAAUUUAAGUCCCAAGUCGGAAGCUAAGUUAAAUAACUCGCUUUUGAAGUACUGUAGCAGCAGUACAGGAUCGACAACAAGCGAAAGAAGCGGCUGGAUCUCUUCCAGGAGCAGUUCUAUAGAUUCAAGUACGGAUGCAACCAUUCCUGCCACAAGUGCUAUAGAUUUGAAACUAGAUAAAAUUGAGAAACAAUUGAAACGCUUGACAGAGGAGAGCCAAAAAAUUAGUGAUAUUAGAAAGGAAUCAAAAGCGGAUAUUUUUAAAGCAAAAUCAAAUAAAUUAUAUUUAGAUAGCCAUAAUCGAGUUAAAAAUGGCAUAAGUAAGGACAAUGAAGGGGAAAACACUGAACCACCACCCUUCAAUAAAGGCUGUGAAGAAAAUCAAAACACUCAAUCACAAGUGUCCAUCGACGACAUUGCAUUGCUUCCACCUAAACAGUUUCGAGAUUUAGAAUCUCCAACAAGUUCAGUGGCAACAAAUGAUGCUGGAGAAGUCGAUGACGUUGUUGAAGAUGAAAUAAAUGCCGUGGAUAAUUUAUUAUAUCAUGUUAUUGAUUUGCAAUCUGAUACUCAAGAGCAAUCAAGUCCAUCCCGUUUAAAAAGUAAUGAAAACGUACCUGAAUCUGAAGAAAUCCACUUCAACAAAGGCAACUCGGAGUUGAUAAAAGCAUUCUUGAAGGCGAAAAGGGAAUUCAAAAGUCAAUUAAAUUUUCAAGGGAUUUUAUACUCUGAUUUGAAUUCAUUUGCUGCCCAAGUUCCAUAUUUUAAUAUCUCCGACGAGUUUCGGAUAUUUUCGCCAGAGGGAAUGCAUUUAGUAAUUUGUGUUCAUGGCUUGGAUGGUAACGCUGCAGACUUAAGACUAGUAAAAACAUAUUUGGAGAUGGGACUUCCCGGAGCUUAUCUUGAUUUUUUAAUGUCUGAGCGAAAUCAAGGCGAUACUUUUAGCGAUUUUGAUACUAUGACUGAUCGAUUAGUUAGUGAAAUUCUACAAUACUUAGAUGUCAGUAGCAUUCGGCCUACCAGAAUAAGUUUCGUCGGACAUUCUUUAGGUAAUAUUAUUAUACGGUCAGCACUGACGAGACCGCAACUUAAAUUUAUCCUCCCAAGACUGCAUACUUUUCUAUCUCUCUCUGGACCACAUUUAGGAACUUUAUAUAAUAGUAGCGGAUUAGUUAAUAUGGGUAUGUGGUUUAUGCAGAAAUGGAAAAAAUCCGGUUCGCUUUUACAACUUUGCUUAAAAGAUUCCUCUGAUCCGAAACAGUCGUUUUUAUAUAGUCUCAGUCAAAGAAGUACUUUACAUCACUUCAAAAAUAUUUUGCUGUGCGGAUCAGGACAAGACAGGUACGUUCCACUACACUCGGCGAGAAUAGAAUUGUGCAAAGAAUCGAUUAAGGACACUUCCGAACAGGGUACUAUUUAUAGAAAAAUGGUUCAGAACAUAAUGCAACCAAUCAUAGCCCAAAAAGAUUUAAAAUUAGUGCGAUACGACGUUCACCAUGCCUUACCAAAUACAGCAAACGCUCUCAUAGGCCGAGCUGCACAUAUCGCAGUUUUAGACUCCGAAAUUUUCAUCGAGAAGUUUAUGGUUGUAGUUGGUAUUAAGUAUUUUCGUUAACUCCCAUCUUUUCCUAAUUCCUUUUCUAUAUUUUAAAUAAAAUUGUUAUAAAACUGC